AUGCAACGAGUAUUCAUUCCCUUCAUUGUUGGUUUGUUCUGUUUAUUUGUAACUAUUCGAAAGGUUUCUGGAAACACUUCAAACUUUGAGAAUUAUUCGAAAGUUGAAGAUGUAAAACUUCCAUUGAAUUGUAGUACUAGCAUGUCAGUUGUGUUUCCAACUGAAUUGUUAUUGCAAUCUUUCUUACAUGAAAAACAUUCGAAUAGCAACUUUACUUCUCUUUGGAUAAAUUUCAUGAUCGCCUCGAAAAGGGAAGGAAUCGAAUUGGCAGAAUUUGGAUUAAACUCUCAAAAUUCGAAUCAAGAAUUCCUCUCCUUAAUGCAAGAAAUGAAAAAUAAUGCAACCGAAACCAAAAUUAAACUAGAAGAAUUACUUACCACUCUUAAUUUACCUACAAUGAAUGAAAUGCAAGCACUAGUCUAUGGAAAUGAUUGUUCUCUAAGGGCAGUUCCAUUAGAUUCCAUUCGAGGUCCAUGCGAUUUUCUCUUCAUUUCAAUUCAUCGUAUGUCCAUGACCAAAACCAUGAAUCUUAUGGUUAUGGCAUUGAACGGAGUUGACCAAAGAGUUGUUUCUAUUGCUUACAAUGAAUUGAUUAUUUCUUCAAGACAAUUGGUACACUUUUGCAGUUAUCCAAAAGUUUACAAUGUUAUCAAACUUUGUAAGAAGUUUUGUAAGGAGAAACAAGGAGUUUCGAAUAUAAAGUUCCAAUUGUAA